CGAGCUCGGGGUUGCCCCCGUCCGGCCCCAGGGAGCUGGUUCUGCCCGGGCCGGAACCGCCGGCAGCGGCGCCUGGUUUCCGCGGGGAUCCACUUCCCGGACGGACCCGACCCCACCUCCCGGGCGCCGCCACCCGCGGGACGCGGCCCAGCAGCAUCGACUCUGAUCAAGAAAUGCAGGCAGAAUGUUGGGCUCCUGGAUAUUUUGCCAUGUGAAUUUGCCCAUGCGAUGUCUUGUUCACGGUGUACACCGCUGGAGGUGGCCUGCCUGUGGGCGGAGGAAUGUUGGACAUUUCAGAAAAGGCCUGCACACCACAAGAACACCAUUCAGUGGUAGGGUUACCCCCGUCUUCACCAGAGCUUUGGCUUUUGGUGAUAAAAUUGCCAUCAUUGAUCAAAAUGGAGAGCACACGUACAGGGACCUUUACACUCAAAGUGUCCACUUGUCUCAGCAAAUCUGUGAAGUGCUCAGAUGUUCCAGUGGAGACCUAAAGGAGGAGCGGAUCUCGUUUUUAUGCUCAAAUGAUGCCUCAUAUGUGAUUGCCCAGUGGGCUUCCUGGAUGAGUGGAGGCGUAGCUGUUCCCCUGUACAGGAAACACCCAGUGCAGGAACUGGAGUAUUUCAUCCAAGACUCCCAGAGUAGUCUAGUUAUUGCCACAGAAGAGUAUGUGAAGCACAUAACCCCUAGUGCUGAGAAACUGGGAAUACCCGUUCUGCCACUUGUUAACUCUGCUAGCGAUGGAUGGAUAAAUGAUAAGACUGUGGAAGCGUUCCCCUUGGCAAUUGACUGUCCUGAGUGGAAAGAUAGAGGAGCGAUGAUAAUCUACACCAGUGGGACUACAGGAAGACCAAAAGGUGUCCUUAGUACCCAUCAGAAUGUGCAAGCUGUGGUAACAGGGCUGGUUGACAAAUGGGAGUGGACGAAGGAAGAUGUUAUCUUGCAUGUGCUGCCUUUACACCAUGUCCACGGAGUGAUCAAUAAGCUGCUGUGCCCUCUUUGGGUGGGAGCUACGUGCAUCAUGCUGUCCGAGUUCAGCCCUCAGAAGGUUUGGGAGAAGUUCUUAAGCCCCAGAGCUCCACGGAUCAGCAUCUUCAUGGCGGUCCCCACUAUUUACUCCAGGCUGAUGGAGCAUUAUGACAAGCAUUUCUCUCAGCCUCAUGUCCAGGAUUUUGUACGUGCCACGUGCCAGAAUAAUUUCAGGUUAAUGGUUUCAGGAUCGGCAGCCCUUCCUGUGCCAGUCCUGGAGAGGUGGAAGAACAUCACCGGACACAUGCUGCUGGAGAGGUACGGGAUGACAGAGGUCGGAAUGGCACUUUCUAACCCCUUGCAUGGAGUUCGUGUCCCAGGAUCUGUGGGGACCCCACUGCCAGGGGUGGAAGUGCGCAUUGCCACGGAGAGCUUGGGCAGGGAAGGUCCUUCCUACACCAUCCACGCUCAAGGAGAUGAACGUGACACAAAGGUGACCCCCGGCUUAGAUGGCAAAGAAGGUGAGCUUUUCGUUAAGGGGCCUACAGUAUUUCGAGAAUACUGGAAUAGACCUGAAGAAACAAAAGAAGCUUUCACACCCGAUGGCUGGUUCAAAACAGGAGACACAGCGGUGUACAAGGAGGCCACGUACUGGAUCAAGGGCCGCACCUCUGUGGACAUCAUCAAAAGCGGAGGCUAUAAAAUUAGCGCCCUAGAAGUCGAGCACCAUCUGCUAGCACACCCCAGUAUUGCAGAUGUGGCUGUGAUAGGACCUCCAGACAUGACUUGGGGCCAGCGGGUCAGUGCUGUGGUGAAAUUGCAGGAGGGUGAGAUGCUGUCUCUCAAGGACCUGAGGGACUGGGCAAGGGAAUCCAUGGCGUACUACACCAUCCCCACAGAGCUGCUCCUGGUGGAGGAGAUCCCACGCAAUCAGAUGGGGAAAAUCAACAAGAAGCAACUUCUCAAGCACUUCUACCCAACCUAGUGAGGCAUCAGGCUGAGGAGAGCAGGAGCCAACCGAGAUGGCUCCCCCGCAAUGCCUGUUGCCUGAAUGGAGUCUCUUUGAGGAGCUUUAAUGCAUGAAAAUGAUACUAAUCAGGUGCUGUCCGUGAUUUCUGUGCUCGUCAUGCUGGGAUUGUCA